AAAAGCUAAAAAAGGUUCAGCCUGUGAUACGAAGGUUAUAUUCGUCUUUUGGUAUUUCUUUUAUUGGAAAAAAGAGUUUCUGUAAUAAGAAAGCUGUUAUUGUGGCGCUUACUGCUUUAGCUUCGGGAUUUGGUCCAAUCGUCUCUCUUGUACAGAUUGACCCCAAAGACCCCCAGAAGAAGCUCUGAAGAAGACCAAGAAGACAGAGAGAAAGAGAGCAGCUUUGAGUUUUGUCCCAACGAUUCACACAUCGUGACCUGGAACCUGAUUCUCACAUCUGCUUCUUUCUCCACGGAGUGCACUAGCUGAGACCACAUUCUAUAAUUCAUGUUUUGUUUGAAAGUAGCAUUCUCCUUGAAAGCUUUGAACGCCUCUUGCUCUGAGCGUUUGUGAUGCACUAAAGAUACUGGACGAGUGUAUCACCAAGAUCGAACUACAGUUUCUUGUUACCUAAGCUUCCGCUCUCAAUCAGUUUGUGUGCUUUAGAUUCAUUACAUGUCUUCCCUUGAAGUGGGAGGAGGAGGACAAGUUGCAUUCGCAGAAAGAACCAAAUCCGUUGAUGCACUCACCAAGAAAGAGAUCCUCUCCGCUCUAACCAACGGAGAGACCACCUCCGAACCUUCCGAGGACGCUAGGUUCAGAAACAGGGAGCUCUCCCUCCCCAACGGCGAGUCCUACGACGGCACUCUCCUCGGAAACGUCCCCGAGGGCUCAGGGAAGUACGCGUGGUCAGACGGUAGCGUUUACGUCGGCGAAUGGAGACGCGGGAUGAGACACGGCAACGGGAAGAUGAGAUGGGCUUCGGGCGCGUGCUACGAAGGCGAGUUCUCAGGUGGCUACAUGCACGGUACAGGGACGUACACGGACGCUAAUAACUUAACGUAUAAAGGAAGGUGGCGGCUGAAUCUCAAACACGGGCUCGGGUACCAAGUUUACCCUAACGGUGACGUCUUCGAAGGCUCUUGGAUUCAGGGUUUGGGAGAAGGGCCAGGGAAGUACACUUGGGGUAAUGGGAAUGUCUAUCUUGGGGAUAUGAAAGGUGGGAAGAUGUCUGGGAAAGGGACGUUGACUUGGAUCACUGGGGACUCUUAUGAAGGAAGCUGGUUGAAUGGGAUGAUGCAUGGGUUCGGUGUGUACACGUGGAGGGACGGUGGUUGCUACGUAGGGACGUGGACGCGUGGUUUGAAAGAUGGGAAAGGAUCUUUUUACUCGGCGGGGACUAGAGUUCCCGCCGUGCAGGAGUUUUAUCUCAACGCUCUUAGGAAAAGAGGGGUGUUGCCUGAUCUGAGGAGGCAGAGCCAAGUUGCUGCAGCUUCUUCGGUUAAUAUGGAGAGUCUUAGAGUCGGUGGUGGUGGUAACAACAAGUUAUCGAAAGGGAGUUUGAUUAACUUGGAGCAGUCACGCAACGGGAGGGUUUCUUUGGAGAGGAGGUGGAGUCUUGAAGUGAGUAUUGAGAAAGUGAUUGGGCAUGAUUACUCGGAUUUGGAGAGGGGAAGCGGUACUGAGGAGUAUAGUGCGAACAGACCGAUCUUGGAGCGGGAGUAUAUGCAAGGUGUGCUGAUCAGUGAGCGUGUGGUGGUAGACAACAGGUUUUCGCCUACUUCGAAAAGAGCUAAGAGGAAACAUAAGAGGCUUUUUAAAGAAGCUAAGAAGCCUGGGGAAGUUGUUAUCAAAGGUCAUAGGAGUUAUGAUUUGAUGCUCAAUUUGCAGCUUGGAAUCAGGUACACAGUGGGGAAAAUAACGCCUAUACAAAGGAGAGAAGUGAGGACAGCAGACUUUGGACCUCGGGCUAGCUUUUGGAUGAGUUUUCCUCGAGCUGGCUCCGCCAUGACGCCUCCUCACCACUCUGAAGAUUUCAAAUGGAAAGACUAUUGCCCUAUGGUAUUCAGGAACUUGAGGGAGAUGUUCAAGAUGGAUGCAGCUGAUUACAUGAUGUCCAUUUGUGGAAAUGAUACCUUAAGGGAACUUUCUUCUCCAGGGAAGAGCGGGAGUGUCUUCUUCUUGUCUCAGGAUGAUAGGUUCAUGAUUAAAACACUCAGGAAAUCUGAAGUCAAGGUUCUCCUGAGGAUGCUUCCAUAUUACCAUCAUCAUGUGAAGACGUAUGAGAACACCCUCAUUACUAAGUUCUUUGGCCUUCACAGAAUCAAACCAUCAAGUGGACAAAAGUUCCGCUUUGUGGUGAUGGGUAACAUGUUCUUUACAGAUCUAAGAAUCCACCGGAGAUUUGACCUUAAAGGUUCGAAGUUGGGACGCUCUGCAGACAAAGUGGAGAUAGACGAGAACACGAUACUUAAAGAUUUGGAUCUGAACUACAGCUUCUUCUUGGAACCUUCUUGGCGAGAGGGUUUACUAAAGCAACUAGAGAUCGAUAGCAAGUUCUUGGUAGAACAGAACAUAAUGGAUUACAGCCUUUUGCUCGGUGUGCAUCACCGAGCUCCAGAGCACUUAAGGACCCAGUUGGUCCGUUCUCGAAGUAUAACAGCUGAUGCGUUAGAGAGUGUAGCUGAAGAUGAUACAAUCGAGGACGACAUGUUAUCUUACCACCAGGGACUAGUUCUUGUUCCUGGAGGGAGUGAUAAUGUUGUAACUGGUCCUCACAUCAGAGGCAGCAGAUUACGAGCAUCCGCUGUGGGAGAUGAAGAAGUCGACCUCCUUCUUCCUGGAACAGCCAGGCUGCAGAUACAGCAAGGAGUGAACAUGCCGGCAAGAGCAGAGCUGAUACCGGGAACAGAAGAGAAAGACAGACAGAUUCUACACGAUUGCUGCGACGUCGUGCUUUAUCUAGGCAUUAUAGAUAUCUUACAAGAGUACAACAUGACCAAGAAGAUAGAGCAUGCUUACAAGUCUCUUCACUUUGAUUCUAAAUCGAUCUCAGCCGUUGAUCCUACUUACUACUCCCAGCGUUUUCUUGACUUCAUCGAGAAGGUGUUUCCUCAGAACAACGCAUAAAGAGAAAAAAAAGAGAGUACAGUUUAAUGUUUUUGUUUUGUAAGUAUUCUGUAAAACAGACCUUGAAGAGAGGGAAGUUAAGUAAGGAAACAGUUUUUUUUU